AUGUCCCCCAAUCAACAACCCCAGGAUCUUAUCCGCUACAUCAAGCUCCCCCAUAAACUUCCCAUUCUCAUCACACGUCAGCAGCAUGUGCGAAAGUAUAUCCUGCGUGGCGGACGCCUUCCCCUCGGCCAAAUCCCUCUUCCUCUGCCCAAUAAUCUUCACAAGCUCCUUCCGAAUAAAAUUCGACGCCCUAAUAGCCCGAUUAAACGGCGUCCCGGGCAAAUCCACGGGGACCGAGAUGAGUCCCGACGCCAGCUCGUUAAACGGCUCGGCAAACCGUUCCACGCUGCUCGAAUCCUCCAUGCUCAGGAAAAGCCUGCACGCCAGCCAGAACGUGUAGCUCUUCGCGAGAGGGAAAACGAGCACGGUAUCAUUAUUCUCCCACCCCGCGGAGAAAUGUUUCUCCGCGGUGCGGUCCAUUACACCCACGUAGCGCUGGAGGGCUUCCGGAAAUUGGGGAGCAUCUUGCGCAUCUUGAUGGCUUCUUCUUUGGAGGAGGAUUGGGAGGAGGAGGAUGGGAAGACUUUGUCGACUGAAGCGGGCCACCAUGAUUGGACGAGUUUGUUCUCGUUGGAGAAGAGGAAUUUGUGGGCCGUGGGCCCGCAGAAGACGGCGGCCCGUUCGCCGAGGAGGUGGGUGCGGAAGACGAGGGAGGAGUAUCGGGAGAUUCGGUCCAAGAUGAAUUUUUCGGGGUGGCCGCGCCAGCCUGUCGAGAGGAAGUCCAGGCUCUCGCCGAGGACGGGCCAGCCGGCCCGGCCCGGAGGGAGUGGGCCCGGGCCCGAAGAGGGGUUUUGGAAGAGGAAGUGGAGGGAGAGAGAGAUGAGGAGGACGAAGAGA